AUGAGCUCCCUCAAGCAACUGCAACAAUCAGCUGUCAAAAAACAGGUGUACAAACCUAUUCUAGAUAAUCCAUACACAGAUGAAGCUCACAAUUGGCCUUACGUGGAGGAACAACCAUUAGUUGCGGAAUUGGUGCGGAGUCACGUGACCUCGGUUUUACAACAGGCGCCCGAUUCUUUAGAAGCACUUUUUGGAUUUAACAAUGUGGUCACAUUUUUGCAAGGUCCCGUCAAAACUGAUGCCGUCACAUCCAAUACACACACAGAGCUGCCCCGCGUCUUUCUAUUCGUGUGCAAUCGCGAUUCUGUCCCCAGUGUUUUACUAGCUCAGAUUCCGAUAUUGGCCCGUGUAUCGCGAUAUGAAGUGGUCCUAGUCCCACUACCGCGGGGAUUCAUCUCACAUUUGGACGAAUGCUGUCCCAAGGACCAGUUUCACGAUGGGAUGCUAUUGUUGAUCGAAAAUUCGAAUUUUGACCUGCAAUUUGCGUCUCAGCUGGUUAAAAGAGUCGGUCACGUGACCCCGCAACCAUGGCUCAAAUUUAGUGAGUCUAGGAUAGGCGUAAUAGCUUCAGAGGUAUCGUUGAAUACCAAAUCAGCCAAAUCGUCCAAGUAA